AUGGAUGAUCUCGCGAGCGUGCUUGCCGCUGCGGGCCUCAAGUCACAAGGCAAGCACACGCCGAUGGUGCCGAAGCGACCCCCAGGGGGAGGCAUGGGCGGAGGCAUGGGGGGAGGGAUGGGAGGAGGCAUGGGGGGAGGCGCAGCACCCAGCUGGGGUGUCGGCGGCGGAGGAAUCGGGGGAGGCCAGAUGGGCGGCAGCGGUGUGGGUUCCGGAUUGGGGGGAAGCACGGGGGGAGGGAUGGGUCGAGGAGUGGCCGGGGGUAUGGGUGGGAGUUCGGCGGGAGGUAUGGGAAAUCUAGGAGGUAUGGGGAAUUUGGGAGGUAUGGGAAACUUGGGGGGUAUGGGGAAUUUGGGAGGCAUGGGAGGAGGAAUGGGAGGAGCAGGAGGAGGCAUGGGAAAUCUAGGAGGUGGGAUGAACAAACCGGCUGCCGGUAUGGGUGGUGGCAUGGGUGGCGGGGGGAGUGGCAGCAUGGGUAGCGGCAUGAGUGGCGGCAUGGGAGGCGGCAUGAGCGGCGGCAUGGGUUCCUUUGGAAAAGGCAUGGCCAGUGGCGGUAGUAGCGGCGGGAGUCGCGGCGCGACUACCGGUCUGUCUAACAACGCGUUCGCGGGGCUGGGAGUGGCGGAUUUCGGGCUCGGAGGCGGAAGCGGAGCGGGCGGGAGCAAGAGCGGAGCGGGCGCGAGCACGUCGAGUCGCGGCCAAACCCCCACGAGAUCCGGGCAUUCCGGCAGAUCGUCGCCGUCCGUGACCGAGGAUCUCUCGUCAGGAUCUACCGGCGGCGGCGGCGGCGGCGGGGGGGUGGCGGCGACAGCGUCGGCGUUUGACGAGCUGAUGAGCCAGGGGUUCGAAAUGCCGCCUUCGUCGUCGUCUGCGACGUCGUCGGCGAAAGAGCGGCGCGAUCCGUCGCCGGUGCCUCCUGCUCACGCGGACGACGACCUUCUGGCGGGAUUCGGUUCUGCCAAUCCCACGAGCACCACUGCGGGCCCGUCUACCUCGUUAGUGGGAGGGAUGUUUCCUGAAGAGAGAGGGAGGGAGGCCUCUCGCCCAUGCCCUCGUUACUCGUCGCAACCAUGUCUGUCACAGCUUCCCCACAUUCCCUUCCCCGCAUCCCCUUGCCCCCUUCCACCCAUCCCAUUCCCCCCAUCCCAUUCCCCCCUUCCCUCCAUCCCUCCCCCUUUCCCCCCAUCCCCCCUCAGUUCCGCCAAGCCCACGAGCACCGCUGGGGGACUAUUCCCCGAAGAGGGAGGCCCCUCGCCCAUGCCGUCGCACUCCUCCUCUGCUGCGCCCGCUGCUGCUGCUGACCCGUUUGGAGUCGACCCGUUAUUUGGUACAGGCGCCCCUGCCUCUGCUGCUGCUGCUGCUGCUGUUCCCGAUCCUUUUGAUGCGUUUGCCAUGCCUACUGCUGGAAGCGGCUCGGGAGGCUCGGGAUUAGGUAUGGAUGGGGGAGUUCCGACACAGGGCAGCGGUUUGGGAGACCAGGCUUCAGGUCCGGAUAUUGGUCUGGGUGACUUUGAGACGUUCGUGCAGCAGGUUCCCGUACCUGAGGUUCGGGAAGAGCCUCGGGAGGAGGCUCGGAAGGCGAGGAGGGAGGAUAGCGGGGAGGCGAGGGAAAGGGAGAGGGAGAGAGAACGGGCUAAGGAGAGGGAAAGGGAAAGGGAGAAGGAAAUGGAGAGGGAACGGCAGAGGGAGAGGGAGGAGCGAGAGAGAGCGAGGAGAGGAAGUGACGGGCCAGCAGGAGGAGCAGGAGGAGCGGGAGCGGCAGGAGUGGGUGGAGAUCGGUGGAUUACGGUUGAUGAGGUUAUUCUUCGAACCAACCCCAGCAGCACCCCUCCUCCGCCCUCCCGCCCACCUCCUGCCACACCCCGCCGCCCCCGGUCCAGUGCACCCUCUUAUGCUGCUGCUGGCGGUGGUGGUGGUGGUGAUGGUCCCAUGCCCAGGAAAAUGAGCUUUGAGAAUGCUGGGGAGGGAGGGGUAGCAGGGGCAGGCGGGCGCGGGUCAGGCGGGAGGGGAGGGGAGGAAGCAGGAGGGAAACGGCAGCAGUCGGAGCAGAGAGGGGGAGGAGCAGGUGGUUUGGAUGGGUUUGAUGAGUUUGCUGCUGGUGGCGGUGGGAGGGGAGGGGAGGAGGAGGAGAGGGGGGGGGCGCCUAGGAGGCGGAGGGCGGGAGCAGCGGCGGCCAAUGGGGAGGUGCCAGGUGGCGGCUCUCCAAACCUCUCUCGCCCACCCUCCUCUCCUCCUCGCCCCACCCACCUGCAGCAACCAGCGCCGCCAAAGCAGCAGCCUUCUUCAGCCGACGAUUGGGCCGACAUCCUCGGCGGGGGAGGGGGAGGAGGCGGCGGAGGUGGGGGGGCAGCAGCAGGCGCGCGGGCAGGGGGAGGCAGUCGGCUGGACGAGUUUCAGGAGGUGGAGGGCGAGAGUGAGGAGCGGCGGCAGCUGCGAUACGAGCGGUUUCAGCGCCUGCAGGAGAGAGCGGUGAGUGGGGUUGGGGGGCACAGGGAGGGAGGGGUGGUUGGGGGGCACAGGGAGGGAGGGGUGGUUGGGGGGCACAGUGAGGGAGGGGUGGUUGGGGGGCACAGGGAGGGAGGGGUGGUUGGGGGGCACAGUGAGGGAGGGGUGGUUGGGGGGCACAGUGAGGGAGGGGUGGUUGAGAGCCGCAGGAGGAACGCAGGCAGGGGUACAGGGAGCGGUGCAGCAGCGUUGGAUGAGAAGAAGAAGCGAGACAUGGACGUUCUGAAGGAGCAGGAGGACCGACACGUGAGUGAUGAGGGGUGGAGAGGGGUGGGGAGGGGUGAGGAGUGGUUGUCUGGUUGGAGGAAGGAGUGA